AUGGAUAAGUUGGUUGAGUUGUACAUUAGAGAAGUAGUCAGACUGCAUGUGGUGCCAGAUACCAUCAUAUCAGACAGGGAUCUGAGAUUCACUUCUCGUUUUUGGCAGUCUCUACAGGCAGCUUUGGGAACUCAAUUACGAAUGAGUUUCACGUAUCAUCCUCAAAUAGAUGACAAAAGUCAUACGCAGAUAAGAGGAGGUGAAUUUGAGGCAAAGGAUCAUGUGUUCCUCAGAGUCACGCCAACUGCUGGUAUCGAAAGAGCUAUCAAAUCAAGGAAGUUAACUCCGAGAUUUGUUGGGCCAUAUCAAAUUUUGAGGAGAAUCAGCACCGCGGCAUAUAAGAUUGCCCUGCCACCACAUUUGGCGAACUUGCAUAAUGUAUUUCACGUUUCUCAGUUGAGAAAAUACAUAACAAGUCCUUCACAUGUGUUGGAAUCAGAUGACAUUCAGAUAAGGAAGGAUCUGAUAGUAAACACGGGACCGGUGCGGAUACUAGACUCCCAAGUGAAGAAGCUGCAAGGAAAGGAGAUCCAGACGAUGAAAGUACUUUGGGAUGAGGCUACUCAUGAGAUGACCUAA